AAUUUGAGCCAUGCAUUGACAACAACUUCCACCCCAAAUAAAUUAUUUUCUGCGAAAUAUUACAAGCAAACCCAACACCCAGGGAACUAACUCUAGUCACGACAUCCCGCCGAUUCCUAUAUGAUGGCGGCAUGAUCGGCGAAUAGGUGUUAGGAUCGGAGCUUCGAUGAGCCGAGGAGACGCCUGCGUUCUGCAUCAAGUAUCGAACUCCGCCGCGCGCCGGAGAAAUUGGAAUCCGAGGUGAAGGAGCACGAAGCCCGAGCGGCCUACUAUAGGCAACGCAUCGGACAUCAGAGCCCUCUUUCUGCUGCUUUUGUCUUAUAUGAGGGGUGAUCAACAGCUACUCAACGGCCUCCGCCGGUUGUUCUCCCGUAGCCGCGUAAGUGCAGAGCGACUGCAAGAGCGAGGGCAGGACGAAGAGGUUGAGGAAGUAGAGGACUACGAAAAGGAAGAGGUAAAGGGGGGAGCAGAGCUCGGAGCUGUGGUGGAUUUCGAUCUAACUGGUCUGGCGAACAUCCGUUUGCCCGGGAUGGCCAUGAUGAUUGGACAGCCACAGAAGAAGAACUUGCAUGAUUCUGAAUUCUUUACCGAGUAUGGUGAAGCAAGCCAAUAUGAGAUAAUAGAGGUUGUUGGGAAGGGUAGUUAUGGUGUAGUUGGCGCUGCAGUGGACGCCCAUACUGGAGAGAAGGUCGCAAUCAAGAAGAUCAAUGAUGUAUUCGAGCAUGUUUCUGAUGCAACACGAAUUCUUAGAGAAAUCAAGCUUCUCAGACUGCUCAGACAUCCUGAUAUUGUAGAAAUUAAACACAUAAUGCUGCCUCCAUCCAGACGAGAAUUUAGAGAUAUCUAUGUUGUUUUUGAGCUAAUGGAAUCAGAUCUUCAUCAAGUUUUAAAGGUGAAUGAUGACCUCAGUCCGGAACAUCAUCGAUUUUUCCUGUAUCAGCUUCUUCGGGCUCUUAAAUAUAUUCAUUCAGCGAAUGUAUUUCAUCGAGAUUUGAAGCCUAAAAACAUUCUUGCAAAUGCGGACUGCAAGUUAAAAAUUUGUGACUUUGGCCUUGCUCGGGUGUCUUUUAAUGAUUCUCCUUCAGCAAUAUUUUGGACCGAUUAUGUGGCAACAAGGUGGUAUAGAGCUCCUGAACUAUGUGGUUCAUUUUUCUCCAAAUAUACUCCAGCUAUUGAUAUUUGGAGCAUAGGAUGCAUAUUUGCAGAAAUGCUUACAGGAAAACCGCUAUUUCCAGGGAAGAAUGUGGUUCAUCAAUUGGAUCUUAUGACUGAUUUUCUUGGCACCCCUCCUCCUGAAUCCAUUGCGAAGAUUCGAAAUGAAAAGGCUAAAAGAUAUCUUAAUAGCAUGUGCAAAAAAGUCCCAGUUCCCUUCUCUAAGAAGUUCCGCAAUGUAAAUCCUUUGGCGCUUUCUUUACUUCAACGUUUGCUUGCUUUUGAUCCUAAAGAUCGUCCUAGUGCUGAAGAGGCACUAUCAGAUCCAUAUUUCUAUGGAUUGGCAAAUGUAGAGCGGGAACCUUCAACCCAGCCAAUUUCAAAACUAGAAUUUGAGUUUGAAAGGAGGAAAUUGACUAAAGAAGAUGUACGAGAAUUAAUCUAUCGAGAGAUUCUAGAGUAUCAUCCUCAAAUGCUUAAAGAGUAUCUUCGUGGAGGAGAGCAGACUAGCUUUAUGUACCCAAGUGGAGUUGAACGAUUUAAGCGGCAAUUCGCUCAUUUUGAAGAGCAUCCUGGGAAGGGGAAAGGAGCUGCUCCAAUUUUGCGGCAGAAUACUUCUUUGCCUAGGGAGAGAGUUUUACCAGCUAAAGAAGAAAAGGCUGAUACAGAGAAUGAUUCUGAAAGGCUAUGUACAGCUGGGGCUAUUAAUUUAAGCAAUGACAGCCCUUCCAAAUCUCAACAGGUUAUGGUAUCUGGCGAUUUUGUGGCUGCAGAAAAUGUGCAAAACAGAUCGACUUAUAGCACGCGGAGCUUACUGAAGAGUGCUAGCAUAAGUGCUUCCCAAUGUAUAGAAGUGAAAGGACGAAUGGCUCAGCCUCUUAAAGAGCAGUAGCAUCAACGAUUUCCCCAAAUGCUAGAGGUUCUGUUGAAGGCUUGAUGAAACUUAUAUCAUGAAGCGGAACAUGAGUUGAUACAGUUUAUAAGAAAUUAGUUUAGGGCCCUGGGCAAACACAAGCAACCAAAUGGCCCUAAGAGGCAAACGGUGAAGCAGUCUGGCUGAAUGGGUAUAAGAGCUGUUCUUUAAUACACUGUUUCGGUGCAAUUUACAAAUGACAGUUUAUUUGCAAUUGAAGAGAGAAAUAGAUAAAUAAAGACGAAAAUGUUAUAAAGAUUUUUAUUUAUUAACACGUCUAAGAUUUCUUGUUUCGUAGGAACAAUUUACAAUUUGUCAUCUGGGAAU